ACCACUUUCCUCCCAUCAUGCAUCACGUCUAGGAGACCAAGGUUGUAUGGAUGCUAUUAAGAGCCUAUUUCGGUGAGUGAAUCAUAAUAAAGAAGAAUGGAGAAGGAACAACACAACACUGUCGUCUUCAAUGUCUCGAAGAGAGAGCUGUUUACUACGAAUAAUGGAUACAAAACCAUGCAGAAAAGACUCAGAGCUCAAUGGAAAAUCCAAAGUUUGAAGGAAGAACUGUCUCUGGAGAAGCUGAAGGGUGUCAAGCUGUGGAUAACUGCAGGUCCCAGGGAGAAGUUCACAGCAUCAGAGCUGGAGGUGCUGAAACACUACCUGGACGCAGGAGGAAACGUCCUGGUCAUGCUCGGGGAAGGCGGAGAAAUGAAAUAUGAUACUAACAUCAACUUUCUUCUGGAGGAGUUUGGGAUAAUGGUCAACAAUGAUGCUGUUGUGAGGAAUGUGUAUUACAAAUACUUCCACCCUAAGGAGGCGCUUGUGUCCAAUGGUGUACUGAACAGAGAGAUCAGUCGAGCUGCUGGAAAAGUGGUCACAGGCAGCAUCGAAGAUGAAAAAGUUGGAAACAAUGCACAGGCUCUCACAUUUGUGUAUCCGUACGGAGCCACACUGAGCGUGAUAAAGCCCGCUGUGGCUCUGCUCUCAACGGGCUCCGUCUGCUUCCCCCUCAACAGACCCGUCCUGGCCUUCCAUCAAGGAAAGGAGGCUGGCAAACUGGUAGUGUUGGGUUCCUGCCACAUGUUCAGUGACCAGUACAUAGACAAAGAGGAGAACAGUAAAAUCAUGGAUGUCUUGCUCCAGUUGCUCAUGGCCGAUAAUAUUCAGCUGAAUCAGAUCGAUGCAGAAGACCCAGAGAUCACAGAUUACACCAUGUUGCCGGACACGGGGUGUUUGUCAGAUCAGCUCAGAGUGUGUUUACAGGAGGGCGAUGAAAACCCCCGGGACUUCACCUCGCUCUUUGAUAUGUCUUUGUUCAAUUUGUCAACUGACACCUUACCCCAAGUCAUCAGUGCUUACAAGCAGCUUAAUGUCAAAGACGAGCCUCUUCAGCUGAUCACGCCGCAGUUUGAGACGCCGCUGCCUCAGCUCCAACCCGCUGUCUUUCCACCUGCCUUAAGCGACUUGCCCCCCCCGAUGCUUGACCUGUUCGACUUGGAUGAAACGUUCUCUUCGGAGAAAGUGCGCCUAGCACAGCUCACCAAUAAAUGUACGGAUGAUGACCUGGAAUUCUACGUGCGGAAAUGCGGGGAAAUUCUGGGUGUGACUCCAAAGCUGGAUAAAGAGCAGAGGGAUGCCAAGCACAUCCUGGAACACAUUUUCUUCCAGGUGGUAGAGUUCAAGAAACUCAAUCAGGAGCAUGACGCCGACACAGACACGCCUUUCACUCCGUUGUGAUUGGAUUCAAGAUAUUCCAUCUCUGCCUUUCAACACCCUGUCACAUG